AUUAGUAUCGGGAGAGCCCGCGCCGACGCAUGUGCGCACCGGUACGCGUAUUUAAAAGUAACAGGAGCCUUCCGGAGGCUGGUCUCUACAAAAAUCCUCUACCUGAAGACUGUUGAAUAGAACCGGUAUGGGGAUCCAAGUUUACGUCGCGAUUGUCGUCGGGUUAAUCGUCUUGGUUGAAUCAGCGCCCCCCGGCAAACCGAACCUCGGAUGGGGAGAACGAACAUUCGCCAUUGUUGAAGUCAACCAAGCUGCCACUGCUUACAACCAGCUUGUCAAAAAGAAGGAUGCUGCCGACGUCUCCGUCACGUGGAACGUCUGGUCUGGAGAUCCAGCUGAUAAAUCAAGAGUGUUACUGAACGGAAAGGAAUUCUGGUCGGGCAAUGGCGGGGCUUCAGGCUCGGCGACAUUCAAAGUCAAGAAGGGAGGACGUUACCAAAUGACGGUGGAACUCUGCAACGCUGACGGAUGCAGCUCUAGCGAUCCCACUGACAUCGUCGUGGCAGAUACCGACGGCAGCCAUCUCCCACCAUUAGACUUCACGAUCGGAGAGAGGAAUAAACCAUUCAAACAGACAUCUGGUAAAGUUGUUGGAGCGUAUUUCGUCGAAUGGGGCGUCUAUCCUAGAAAAUUCCCGGUAGACCGCGUGCCUAUUCCCAAUUUAACCCAUUUGCUGUACGGCUUCAUCCCAAUUUGCGGAGGCGAUGGCAUCAACGACAGUUUGAAGGAAAUCGAAGGCAGUUUCCAAGCUUUGCAGCGAUCGUGCAGCGGCCGAGAGGACUUCAAGGUGUCCAUCCAUGAUCCAUGGGCAGCUCUCCAAAAACCACAGAAGGGAUUGUCUUCAUGGAACGAGCCAUACAAGGGCAACUUUGGCCAGUUGAUGAUGUUGAAACAAGCUAAGCCUGACCUGAAAAUCUUGCCAUCUAUCGGUGGAUGGACUUUGGCUGAUCCAUUCUUCUUCUUCACUGACAAAUCUAAGAGAGAUCGGUUUGUAGCUUCAGUUAAAGAUUUUCUGGAAACCUGGAAAUUCUUUGAUGGUGUUGAUAUCGAUUGGGAAUUCCCUGGCGGUAAAGGCGCUAAUCCCAACCUCGGCAGUCCCAAAGACGGUGAUGUGUACGUAAGUCUGAUGAAGGAACUCCGUGAGAUGCUCAACGAGUUAUCAGCUGAAACUGGAAAGAAAUACGAGCUGACUUCCGCUAUCAGCGCAGGUUGGGAUAAAAUCCAAGUGGUGAACUACAACGAAGCUCAGAAAUACAUGGACCAUAUAUUCUUCAUGAGCUACGACUUCAAAGGAGCCUGGUCAAACGACACUUUGGGCCAUCAGACGUCUUUGUACGCGCCUUCAUGGAGGCCAAAGGAGACUUACACGACAGAUUUCGGUGUUAAAUUCCUGUUAGCUCAAGGUGUGAGUUCGAAGAAGAUUGUUGUAGGUGUAGCUAUGUAUGGCAGAGGAUGGACCGGUGUCCAGAACUACACGGGUGAUAAUCCUUUCACUGGGAUCGCCACAGGGCCUUGCAAGGGUUCGUGGCAAGACGGCGUAGUUGAUUACAGGGAUAUUGCAAACGAAAUAGCUCAAGGGAAAUGGGAGUAUCACUAUGACAAUGUGGCGCAAGCCCCUUAUGUUUUUAGGAAGGCAACUGGUGAUUUGGUUACAUACGAUGACGCGAGAUCUGUUAUUGAAAAGGGGAAAUACGUAAGGAGUAACAAAUUAGGGGGUCUAUUCGCGUGGGAGAUCGAUGCUGACAAUGGUGAUAUUCUAAAUGCAAUGAACAUGGGUCUUGGGAACAGUUCGUGAUGUGACAAUGUGAUUGUAAUUGUAAGUUAGUAUAAUGGUCUCAAAUGUAUGUGUGUGUAUGCGUUGUGAUGAGAGUAGAGAGUUGGUUUUGUAAAUCAAAACGUUAUGGGCAAGUAAUUGUGUUAAUCAUAAAUAAAAUUACAAUUUAAAAAUUA